GGAGAAACGAUGCGACGAGCUCCGCGCCGACACGCUUAGCUUUAGCGGGGCGACACUUCGGGCAAUCAGCUUCGUUAUCAACCAUCUACAGGCCUUGUAUAAGCGCCGGGCCUCUUGAGCACAGCAACCCUGCAGGCGCUUCACAGCCAGUAAGUAGCCUCUCCUCCCUUGUCCCCUAUAAAAGCCUUUGUAUCGCCUCAUUCCUGUGUACCCGUUCUUGUUUUCUCCCCAUUUCCAUUCUAUCAACUAGUUACAUUGAGCUUGAGCCUGUUGACGCCAUGCCUCCGUUACCGGGUGAAGAGCGUAUGCUGACACUUUUCGCGGAUAUCCACUCUUAUUUCGCUGCUCCAACUGCGAAACCUCUUCAUCACCGAUUCGACAAAGGUUCCUAUCUCUAUAUCUAUCAUGACGCUGCGCGGCGUACAACCAGGAUCGAAAUUGCAAACAACCCAGGAACUCCUGAGCAGGAUGCCUUCAAUGGAGCGCUGGACCACAUCCGUCUUCAACACUCGACCAAGUUUCCUACUCGUUGUACAUUGAUUGUGGACGGCAACGCUCCGGGACAGACACCAUCUGCGACUGCGAACCCUCUGGAAUGGCGCUUGCCCUCUGCUGAUCCCCGCGACGAGGGAAGAGUCGUCUUCCGUCUCCAUACACUCGACAUUUAUCUCUGGACAGUGGAUGAUGCAAAUCUGUUCCUUGAUACUCUUGAGCAUGUGCUCUCUCCGGGGCAAGUUGAGACGGACCGACAUCCACCACUCUCAACCUCCCAAGGGGCAGUAAGCAGUGUUGUUCAACAGCUUGAGAAUGUCGCUAUAACAGACCCCGCCUAUGCGAAUGGACAGACGCGAAAUUCCCGAACAGAACCACCAACCAUGCCACAACAGGCGUCGCAAUCUGCCGCAGAACAGCCCAAGGAGCAGACUGGAGAUUUGAACUACGCACCACUUGCUUACAAUCCUGCUGCUCCUGCUGCCCCAGAACCCAUUCAGCAUCGCGAGAAGACCCCUCCACCGGAAGAUGGUGUUGAAGGUACCGGGCUUGCAGCGGCCGCAGCAGCAGAUCACGGUCACCCAUAUGCCUCUCCACCGCUCUCAGCCGGCUACUCAACACCUCCCAGUCACCAGCUACCCUACACCGUUUCAGGUGCAAUGCAGCCGAGCUAUAGCUCUCCACCGCCAAGUGCAGGACCCAGCCUGGAGUCUUUCCCUUCUCACUCGUCCGUACAGACUCCCACCAGGGCUCUUUCGUUUUCCGGUCCCCCCGUAGCCGGAAAUCCUGUAGCUGGACAAGGAACCAUGUCUUUUGCUCCUCCACCGCUGGCUCCGAACUCAAGAACCAGUCUGUGUCCCCGUCCGUCCCACUUGGGGGAUACUCGAAUUUCUCGUACGAGCAACCUCACCAACACCACGGCGAUCGCAGCGAGUACGAUGUGCACAGCCAGGUUUAUAGACCCACUGAGGCUGAAGCCAGUAGUCGCAAUUACAAACAUUCCGUGAAAGCCCUGAAGAAUCCCGGUCGACCACACAAGUUGGAGGAUAAAGCAGCGCGUCUCGAGAGUGGUGUGAACAGGUUUAUAAAGAAGC